AUGACCGUAUUCCGCGAAUACGGCACGACACAGCCGAUAGUUGCACAACUCCCAUCGCCAGCGCUAUGUAAAUUACUAAAAAAAUAUAUAGUUUUAUCAAAUAAAUGCAAAAUGGAUAUCUGCCGCCUGUGUUUGCGCGGAGUGAGCGGCGCCCAGAUGUGUCUACAGAUCUUCGAUGUGGACUCGGCGGAGAACAAGGUGGCAGAGGUGCUGCGGCAGCAUUUCUGGUUCGAGGUCCUGCCCAACGACGAGAUAUCCAAGGUCAUCUGCAACGUCUGCUGGACGCAGGUGUCCGAGUUCCACCAGUUCUACGUGUCCAUACAGGAGGCCCAGGUGAUCUACGCCACCACCUCGAAGUUCAAGCAGGAUCCGGAGAUGGUGAACACCUCCUGGCCGGAGGAGGUGCUCAUGCCCGCCGACGUGCUGGCCGUGGACAACGAUGUGAGCGCCCAGCUGAACGUGAAUCCGCUGGACGAGCUGGAUCUGAGCCAGCCCAUGUCCCCGGAAGACAGCAAGGUGGGCAUUAAGACGGAGCGGCAGUCCCCCGAAUUGGAGUUCAUCUUCGAGGACGCCAACAAUGAUCAGGACGAGGACUACGAGGACGACGAGGAGGAUGAGGAGGAUGCCGACGACUUGAUUGUGACCCGGAGCGGACGCAAGCGCAAGCGGGAGGUGGCCAAGCCGGCCAAGACGAAAAGGGCGGGCAGGAAGAGCAAGGACAAGGUCGUGGCCAAGCGGGGGCCACCCAAGAGGAUAUUCAAGAUGGAGCGGCUGCCGCCGUUCUGCAAGGAGGACGAGGAGCUGAUCAAGCGCUACAUAGUCAUGGGCUGCGAGCUGUGCAUAUUCCUGGCCGAGGACUUUGACGGCAUCCGCGAGCACUUCAAGGAGAAGCACCCAGAGGAGCGGCCCUACAUUAAGUGCUGCGGUCGCAAGCUCAACAAGCGCUGCCUCAUCCAGGAGCAUGCCAGGCGGCACGAGAAUCCUGAAUACAUUAAGUGCAAGGACUGCGGCAAGGUGUUCGCCAAUUCGAGUGUGCUACGUGCCCACUGGCUGGUACACCAUGUGCCCGACGAGGACUGCGACUUCCAGUGCGAGGACUGCGGCAAGCGCUUCUCGCGGCGCAAUCUGCUCGAGCUUCACAAGGGCUCUCAUGUGCCCGUCAACGAGCGCAAGUUCAUCUGCCCCCAGUGUCCCAAACACAAUGCUUUCGCCACAGAGUACCACAUGCAGGUCCACAUCAGCAUGCAGCAUCGCAAGGCGGCCAACAUCUGUCAUGUGUGCGGCAAGAAGAUUAAGGACAAGGCCGUCUUCGAGAAGCACGUUCGCCUGCACUUCGAGGAGAGCGGGCCACGCAUCAAGUGUCCGCGUCCGGACUGCGAGAGCUGGCUGAAGGACGAGGACAAUCUCAAGCAGCAUUUGAGGCGCCACAACGACGAGGGCAAACUGUUCAUUUGCACGGAAUGUGGCAAGAGCUGCAAGAACUCCCGCGCGCUGAUCGGUCACAAGCGCUAUUCCCACUCGAAUGUGAUCUACACCUGCGAACAGUGUGGCAAAACCUUCAAGAAGGACAUCAGCCUUAAGGAGCACAUGGCACAGCACACUGGCGAGCCUCUCUACAAGUGUCCAUUCUGUCCCCGCACCUUCAACUCGAACGCCAACAUGCACUCCCACAAGAAGAAAAUGCACCCAGUGGAGUGGGAUAUCUGGCGGAAGACCAAGACGGGUAGCUCCCAAAAAGUCCUGCCCAGCGCCCAAGUGGCUCAGAUGUUCAGGGACGAUGCCGAUGCCGCUGCUAUUGCCAAUGACUAUUCAGCUUAGGCCCAGGAACGCUCAAGGAAGUCGGUCCGCGGAUCCAUUGCUUAGUUUUUGAUUUACCCUUGUUUAAAAACAAAAUAUAUUUAAUAGGAAUUAUUUGAAACUCAA